AUGGGGGUGAAGAAACAUUAUUUGUGUUCGUUAUUGAUAAUAAAUUGCUUUACUUUGUCACUAGAGGUGGAAGCAAAAGGUGAAACUGACAAACUUUCAAUAGAGGAGCUGAAAAGUCUCAUCAACAAAGAGGAACUCACAAGGAUUAGUGAUAAAUUCCUCCCCAAGGACACGGUGGCCUUUUGGCUCCCAGAAGCCGAGAUGGAGAAAACUGAACUGGAAGCCGGAGAGCAGUUGCGUGUGAAGACAAUUGGUGAUGGGCCAUUUCUGUUUUCUUUAGCGAAACUUGACAGUGGAACGGUGACAAAGUGCAAUUUUGCUGGUGAUUCUCAAACUGGGGCAUCUUGGACAGACAACAUAAUGACCAACAAAUCUCGCAGCAGCGCACCUGCUCCUGAGUCCCGGGGCCAAGGCGAUGGCGCAGAAGAUGAUGAAUGGGAUGAUUGAGAAGGUGUCGUUUAUUCCUGCUGACCUUUCUCUGACCAAGUUACCACAACAAAAGACCCAAAGCACUCCCAGACUGAAAAAGUAUAUAAAUCCAUCGAUUAGUAGUUCCAACUCUGCCUCAAUCUGAUUCAUGUACAGUAUA